AAAAUGUCAGCUAUCAGUCUUCUUGUCCUUCUUCUAAUGAUCUUUGCCGCUCAAUUGUGCAAGAAUCCACUUGAAAAUGAAUGCGGGUGCAUCAGACAACCAACAUUUGAAUUCAAUUGGCUUCAAACCGAAUAUCCAGAAAUAGCCAAACAAUACACCGAAGACCAAUUCCUUGCCCCAGUAGUCACUUAUCCAGAAUGCAAAUCCAUCGUUACCACUUGUCCAAAUGGUUAUUCGGUUGCCGGUUUCAUUGUUGAAACCAAAAAAAUAUUGGUGAACUCAAAUAUUUACCCAAAUCCAAAUACUGUCCUUGGAAUAAAAUGUGAAGCUAAGAAAUGGUAUUAUGACGGACAAGCAGAAACCUAUGAUGAUAAGCUCAAAAUUACAUUUUUCUCCUGCAAGAAAGACUAAUAAUAGUUGAAACUUUGGAAAAUGGGAUUCUCGUUAAUGAAUUUAUUUUC